CUUUCACCUCCUUGACGGAACUCGCAGAAAGUUCUAGAUAUCUGGCAAGCACAAAAAGGGCACGCUUCGAUCAGCGCUCGGUACUGGCGACGUACUCCACGCAAGAUGCGCCUGGGCAUCUCCCUUGCCGUUGUGUUCCUGGGCAUUCUACACUGGGCCUCGUCGGUCCCACACGGUGUAUUGCCCCCAAGUGCGUACGCUGUGAGACACAACCUUUCCCCCCAGGUUCCUAAGGCACCAGCUAAAGAAUGCAAAAACGCUUCUUCGUCGGGCAGUCAGAAAUGUGGAACCAAGACGGUGACGCACGAGAAGACCGUGAUCACCAUCGAGAGGACAGUGGAAACCGAAAUAAUGAAUGGCGGUAAAGCUCAAGAAUGUAAAGGUUGCCCCGACAUUGGGACAACGACGAAAGCUCCUGUUACAACACCUCCGACUACUCCGGCGCCUUGCACGUCAACGACGCCUCAGACAACGACCGUUCCAACUACACCUGCUACGACCACAACUAAGGCGCCUCCUACUUCACCAACGACGCCUGAGACAACGACCGUUCUAACCACAUCUCCUACGACCACAACUAAGGCGCCUCCUACUUCACCAACGACGCCUGAGACAACGACCGUUCCAACCACACCUGCUACGACCACAACUAAGGCGCCUCCUACUUCACCAACGACGCCUGAGACAACGACCGUUCCAACCACACCUGCUACGACCACAACUAAGGCGCCUCUGACUUCACCAACGACGCCUGAGACAACGACCGUUCCAACUACACCUCCUACGACCGCAACUAAAGCGCCUCUGACUUCACCAACGACGCCUGAGACAACGACCGUUCCAACCACAUCUCCUACGACCACAACUAAGGCGCCUCCUACUUCACCAACGACGCCUGAGACAACGACCGUUCCAACCACACCUGCUACGACCACAACUAAGGCGCCUCUGACUUCACCAACGACGCCUGAGACAACGACCGUUCCAACUACACCUCCUACGACCGCAACUAAAGCGCCUCUGACUUCACCAACGACGCCUGAGACAACGACCGUUCCAACUACACCUCCUACGACCACUACUACGGCGUCUACGACUUCACCAACGACGCCCCCCCCAACCCCCGGCAAGUGCAAACCCGUCAACUGCAAGCUUCCCAACUGCACGUGCGAGAGCACGAAACCUCCGGUAGACGACAUGCCCCAGUUUGUGAUGCUGACCUUCGACGACGCAGUCAACCAGGUAAACAUGAAAUUCUACCAGGAGCUUCUUGCAGAUCCCAAGCGCAAGAAUAAGGCCAGCGGAUGCCGCAUCGCGGCCACUUUCUUUGCCUCGGGAGAGUACCUUGACUACCCGUCCGUGAACGAGCUCUACAGGAUGGGCAACGAAAUUGCACUACACUCCAUCAGUCAUCAGACAGAUAACGGUAAAAGCUACUGGAAUGGCCUGGACACGGAGAAAUGGGAGCGCGAGGUCGUCGACGAGAGGCUGAUGGUGGAGAAGUACGCCAACGUUCCCGCACAAGACAUCAGGGGUCUCCGGGGUCCCUUCCUCUUCACCGGGGGCGAUGCCGGUUUCCGGAUGCUGCACCGUCACUUCGACUACGACUGCACGCUGAUCCACAAGCGGGACGGCCCAUACGACGCCCCGGUCUUUCCGUACACGCUCGACUACGGCUUCCAGAAGCCUUGCAUGGUGAAGGAGUGUCCCAACGACAGCUAUCCCGGCCUCUGGACCGUGCCCCUGAACUACUUGUUCAGAAAAUAUCAGGAGGGAGGAGUCGAUAAAUACGGGCACUGUUCGAUGGCGGACGCCUGCCAACCGGAACUGAAAACUUCCAGUGAGACAUUUGAGUACCUAAGGUUUAACUUCGAGAACUUCUACAACAGCAACCGGGCUCCGUUUCCUGUCUUCCUUCACGAGGCGUGGCUCCGGGAAGAAGAACGGAAGAAAGGCUACCUUCGCUUCGUGGACUGGCUCCUGCAAAAGGAAGACGUGUACCUGGUCACCGUGUCCGAAGUGCUCGACUUUAUGAGGUACCCUGAGCCCAAAAGCAGCUACGUUCAGCGCCGCUGCACCAAAGACAACCUGCCCGAGUCCACGUGUCCGAAGUUGAAAACCUGCCCUUACAAAACGACGCCUCCCGGAAAUGAACGGUACAUGCGGAUCUGCGGAAACACCUGUCCCAAAAACUACCCAUGGGUCAACAAUCCGCACGGCAAUUAUUAACAUUAUAAAGGCGCAAUUGCUUUAGUUAGAGUAUUUUUAUGAUCACUGGGCGUUGUUUAACUUCCCAGUAUUCCGGGGACAGCUAUGUACCACAGCAAGUGCGUAAAGACAAGCGGCGAAUUUAAGCAAGAAUAAUUGAAAAGAACGUAGGGCUUGUUCGAGGAGCGCGAACAUCGAGAUGCUGCAAUUAUUGAAUAUCUCUGGUAUAUAUAUAUAUAUAUAUAUAUAUAUAUAUAUAUAUACACCACUAAAAUGACUCCCAUUUAAGAGCAGUAGAAACGCGUUUACAGUAAAAGCGGACUAUAAAAUAUUUUUUUUUAUUGUGCUGAGUUUAUCGGAGAAUAAGAGGUUUCUGACUUUCCUUCAUUCUCAAAGUUUUCAAUGUUUAAAACGCUAAAAAAAAAGACUGAACAUCGGACCCAUACGCGAGCAGAGAGAAUAAAACGAAUGUUCUUUAUUGUGAA